AUCGCGAUACAUUACCCGGCAGCGGACUUAUUCUCGCAAGAGGCAGGAUUCGACAUCUAGAAGCUUACCUCGUUCUGCCACAACUCUGACGAUCCAUGCCUUACUUACGUCACCGUCGCUAAGGACAACACGAAAGUUCUACAGACAUAUCUCGGCAUAACAAACAACACCUGUUGUCUUAUUUGCCAUUCAACCCAUCCGCAGAGGGAGAUGAAUUUCUCUCUUAGAAUUGCUCUUAUGGUGUCUUUCUACAAGUUCACAUUUGCUGAGUGGGCCUUUUAUUGCUGGACCUACUACUCAAGAAAAAGCAACACCAACAGGAAUAUCCCACAGGAAGCGGUUCUGGCAGUGGAUCACCCCAAAUUGCUGGAGAUAUCUCAUCUCUGCCAUAACCCAGGGUGCCUGCACCCUGGACAUCUCAUUAUCGAGCACCCGGCCGCAAACAAUCGACGCUCCUCCUGCAAUCGUGACGGCAGAUGCACUAAUGACUGCUUCCUAGGGCAACAUGCUUGCAAGCUUAAUCUGGUGCGCGACAAGGAUGCUCUGCUCGCUGAAGCUGUUCAGAUAUACAAAGAUAAUACUCGGAGUUACCAGACCUGCAAGUGCGGGUACAAGAUGACAGUUAAUCCGUUCAAGGAUAAACAGCUCUAUCAUCGAGAGGUUAUGAGGCACUUACGCAACAAGAGGCAGCAUGUUACUUCCUGGCACUAGGGGAGCUAUACGGAGUGGAGAGUGGAGAAGACUAUCAAGAUAUCUUCCACAUAAA